UCCACAGAGACAAAAAAAAAAAUGAUAAUAGAUGGCAAAGAUUCCAAGACCAAGACACAAUCAAAGUCCAGCCCAUCUUACCCGCGUCGUUCGCGUUCAUCAAAGGUUACGCCGCCGUCGGCCUCUUUGGUAGACGGUGAACUGGCGGUGACGGAGCGAGAAGGGAGCUCUGCAAUCACCAGUCUCUUUGAAGAUCUCCAAAUUUCACAGGAUUCAAGCCCUAAUCCCCGGAGCUUUCCUUACAGCGUCAAACAACAAUGCUGGGAAAAAGCCGAGAAGGUCAAGGGACGAGACCCAGCUCGCUGGCGGCGUGACGCUGUUGGUAACAUUGUUUUCAGGAAGCUAGUUGGUUGUCCUGGUUGCUUGUGCCAUGACUAUGACCAUAUCAUCCCUUACUCCAAGGGAGGAAAAAGCACGCUAGAAAACUGUCAGGUUUUACAGGCAACUGUUAAUCGAUCAAAGGGAAACCGAACUGAGUUGUCCAGAGCUGAUCUCAUUCAGAGAAGUUCUUAUUGCCGGGUUUCAGGUCGCGACAUGGAUUUGUUCGAACUAUCAGCUUAUGGCAAUGUUCACCAUGGGGAGGAUUCCGGUGGGUGUAGAAUUCAAUGAUAUUAAUAUCUGCUGUAGGAACUUAAUACUGAUUCCAAGAUAUAUUGUACUAAUGAAAUGAUGAUUGAGCUUAAAAGAUAUCAUAGAUAAACGCAUGAUUUUA